GCCAGCCAACACCUUCCAGGCUCUCCUCUUCCUGCUCUUUUCUCUUCCUGAUCUUCUCUUCCCUUGCAUGUCAUAUCCAGGCUUCACUCCCUAGGGCGCACACAGCUGCCUUUCCUCCUGACCCCACUCUGCAGAGCACAGACUUCAGACAACAGCAGGGCUACAAGGCAUUCUGCCCAGCAUGGGGACCAGCCUUCAGGGGCUGUUGAGGGGCUCUAGAAAUAUCUGGAGAAAGGGGAACUAGAAGCCGAUUUGACUACAUCAAAGAAGAAGCAUUGCCCUGAACUCACAGCCAAGUUUUAAAACCUUUCUGAGGUCCGGGCCAUCAGCAGAAUGUGACCAAGGCUUUCCCUCCCUUUCAGAGAGUUAAAUUCACGCCUUUGGGCGCCAGGGUCUAGAGAAGGAGCUAUGGAGCUGGCUGCUGCUGCCAAGGUCCUUUCCUGCCACUUGGUCCUGCUGUGCCUGCUGUCUGUCUGUCUGUGUUCAGGGAGACAAGAGGCUGCCUCUCUUUGCAACAGCUUCAACGUUGUCAAGUCAGAGUCUGGACAUUGGAGAAAUGAAGUCCAAGGCCUACUGAACAGACAGACAUUUUUUCUCUACAAGGAUAACAAGUGUCAUGCCAGUGGUGCUCAUGGGAACAGCCUGAAUGCCACAAAGAUCUGUGAAAAACAGGUUGACACACUGAAACAUGGAGGUGACAUUUUCAAAGGGAUGCUGCUUCAGUUGUGGGGGGAAUUUAACACAAUCAGAGUGGGCACAGAGCCUCAUACUCUGCAGGCUGACAUCUGUUGUCAGUAUGAAGGAGACAACCGUUUCAGGGGAUCCAGUGUUGUUAGCCUCAAUGGAAAGAAUAUGCUCCAUGCUGACACAAGUACUGGAAACUGGACUGAACUGGAGCCCAGAUUCAAGAAGAUGAUGGAUAUGUGGAAGAAAGACAGGGAUAUAGCUGCCUUCUUAGACAAGACUUCACAGGGUGACUGCAGGACCUGCCUUGAGGAGCUCAAGUCACACUGGAAAGACCAUCCGGAGCCUACAGAAAAAACAAUAAAGACCGUGGAUAGGAUCCAGCAUACAUCUGACAAUGCCUUGGUUAUUAUUGGAUCCACAUUAGCAGCCAUGUUGUUUAUGGGAUUGAUCAUCUCAGGAUCCUGUUAUGUAUCAAGAAGACACUUACAUGAAAGAAAGAUGGAUGUGCAGUCCUCAUCACCAUCUCUGUUGGGUGACUCUUUGACAUUGCCCGAGACGAGUUCAGCAAAUGAAGCAGAUGAAUUUCCUACAGCAUCUCAGAAUUCUGUGCUGUUGACUUUGGACCACACAGAUGGGAACCCAUGAGACUGAUGGCUGACAGAGCCUCACACACCAGGGCAUCAGAGUGCACUAGGCCUUUGCCAUCAGGGGCUUCCUCUUGCUCUGUCUCUUUCCUUUCUCAUGCUUCCAUGAUAGCAGUGUGGAGAUCCGGCAGGGCCUGGCUCUAAAUAACUCCUCACAAUGGCUUGCCCUGAGUGUCUCCAUUUUAUGAAAGCACUUUGCUCACUUCUGAGUGUAAUGCAGACAUUGGAGGACAUGGAACCUCACUUUAAACACAGACAUGUCAGUCAGGUACCAUCCAUGAUGCAGAUGUUGAUAAUUAACUUAAUCCCAAAAGUAAAAAUAUGCUUCCCAUGAACUUAUCAAAAUAGGUUUGAAGUUGAGAACACAUGUGCAUCUCAGAUCAUCUCAGAGAAGCAGGUCUGAGGAUAUCUCACCCUCACCUGGACCCCUAAAGAGGUGAAGUCCCCUGCCAUGAUUAUGGCCCCUACAAACUUGCCCUCUGGCUAUUUGUGUGGUCAGGAGCCUGCUCGCAGAAAACUCCUGAAAAUCUUCAGGCUUCAGCUCCAUCCACAUUGCUAAUGCCUCCUGCUUGAAUUACUGGCUGACAGUUCAUCUGCUGCUCCAUGCUAAUGUGGGUCUGCAUCUCACCUGCCGGAUCCUGGGGUCCUGCACCUCUCCUCUGCUGUUCACUCAGUCCUGAGGCCUGGUGCAGCCCUGCAGCCCUGCAGCUCUCCCCUGCCUUCCUUAACAGCUCUCUAACCACCUGCAUGGAGCCUGUCUGUGGGACUAGGAUCCUCUGUCUCUGCCUCCAGCCUGGUCUUUGUGAACUCUAAUGGCAACUGGUUCACUCUUUAAUGCAGUUCUGUGAUCUAAGUACAUAUGAUAACUCUGUGGUAUACAAUGUGUGAUCUGAGAGUUUAUCUAGUAAUUGAGACGGAAGUAAGAGCAAGAGGUUGACCAGGAGACAGUAGUCAAAGAUAAUUAGGAUUACUUGCUAAUUACAUCCUGUGAAUUGGAUGAAGAUGGUAAGUUCACAUAUAUAUGUGAGCACCAGUUUUCCUGGAAUAGGUCACUGAUUCAGGAUUUUACUCACAAUAUUUUCUAGUGAGUAAAUAGUCCAUUUGCAAAGAAAUUCAAAAUACCCUAUCUUUUUUUUUU